CCCCGCAGCUACCACGGGGACUCGGGCGAGGUCGGCUGCUACGUGGCGCCGCGGCCGCUCACCAGGGACAACAACUACUUCGAGGUCUCCAUCGUGGACAGCGGCGUGCGCGGCACCAUCGCCGUGGGCCUCGUGCCCCAGUACUACAGCCUGGACCACCAGCCCGGCUGGCUGCCCGACUCCGUGGCCUACCAUGCUGACGACGGCAAGCUCUACAGCGGCCGGGCCAAGGGCCGCCAGUUCGGCACCAAGUGCAGCUCCGGCGAUCGCAUCGGCUGCGGCAUCGAGCUCGUCUCCUUCGAGGUGCAGACGGCGCAGAUCUUCUUCACCAAGAACGGGAAGAGGGUGGGCUCCACCAUAAUGCCGCUGUCUCCCGACGGGCUCUUCCCGGCCGUGGGCAUGCACUCGCUGGGGGAGGAGGUGCGGCUGCACCUGCACGCCGAGCUGGCCACCGACGAGGACGACAGCGUCAUGAUGGUGGACAGCUACGAGGACGAGUGGGGGCGGCUGCACGACGUGCGCGUGUGCGGCACGCUCCUGGAGUACGUGGGCAAGGGCAAGAGCAUCGUGGACGUGGGGCUGGCGCAGGCGCGGCGCCCGCUCUGCACCCGCAGCCACUACUUCGAGGUGGAGAUCGUGGACCCGGGCGAGAAGUGCUACAUCGCGCUGGGGCUGGCGCGCAAGGACUAUCCCAAAAACCGGCACCCCGGCUGGAGCCGGGGCUCCGUGGCCUAUCACGCAGACGACGGGAAGAUUUUCCACGGCAGCGGCGUCGGGGACCCCUUUGGGCCCCGCUGCUACAAGGGGGACAUCAUGGGCUGCGGCAUCAUGUUCCCCCGCGACUACAUCCUGGACAGCGAAGGCGACAGCGACGAGCCCUGUGACACCGGCGACACGAGGCCCAGGCCCCGCGGCGUCCGCAACGUCCUCUACCUGCACCACGAGGAGGAGGACGACGACGACGACGACGAGGAGGAGGAGGAGGAGGAGGAUGGCGAGGACAUGGAGCAGGGGCACGAGGGCAGGAAGGUCGUGGUGUUCUUCACCCGCAACGGGAAGAUCAUCGGCAAGAAGGAGGCGGUGGUGCCGCCCGGCGGCUACUUCCCCACCGUGGGCAUGCUGAGCAGCGGCGAGAAGGUCAAGGUGGAUCUGCACCCGCUCAGCGGCUGAGGGGCCCCCGCCCCCCCCCGCACUUUAAGGCCUUGCCCCCCCCGAGGGGGAACCCUCUUUGCCCCCAUUUACCCCUGUGGGGUUGGGGGGACUGAUACCCCUCCU